AUGUCACUUAAAAGGAAUCAGAUAAAAGUCGACGAAGCCCUCGCUAUUAAUCUUAAGUUUGGAGGACUCAUAGUGUGGCCGAAAUUUUGGUUCUCACUCUUCUCACCCUUCUCACCCCCCACUCACUCAGUCUUAGUGUCUCUCACCCCUAAAAGCAGCAGCGCACUCAGGGCUUGUUGCACUUUUAUCCGCGUUGAUAAUAGUGGCUCAAGUACGGCUGAGCGGACGGGAAGCCCUGUUUUCCACACCCUAUGGUCCAAGCAACAAAAGUACAUCAAGAACACCAGCACCAGGAAGCAGCUAAUAGAAGCACUCAAUGAUUAA